AUGAAGGUGCCGCUGUUUAUUCUUUUAUUAUUUGUCGAAUUAUCAUCGAAUUCUCCGUAUUCGCCAUGCAUAUACGCGAGAAAUGUAACCGGCCGAUUGGAUGAUGGAAAUGAGCAAUGUCUUUUCUAUUUUUUGCUUGAGAAAGAAACUGCUGCUAAUGACGGAAAUUUGCACGCACUUUCCACUUAUCCACCAAGAACUGAUGAAAUGAAAUUGAACAUUGAAACUGUGCUGAUAAAAUAUGUCGAACUUGUUCACGGAUCUACGUAUCAAUUCAAUAUUUUUGGCGAUAUUUAUUUGAACUGGGUUGACGAAAGAUUGGCUUGGGAGAAGGAAGAUUUAUUUAAAGAAAACGAGCAUUUAAGUUUGCUUAAUUCAAGUGCAAUUUGGACACCUAAUGUCAUCGAUCAUGCACUUUGCCUAGAUGGCGGAUGCCAGUAUGGAAUUGACGAUAUUGAUAUAUACAAGGAUGGGCGGGUUUUUGCAAGAAUACAAUUCAAAUAUGUUUCGAGUUGUGGGGUGGAUUAUAGAAAGUUUCCCGAAGAAGAAGACAGCUGUUGUAUAUUUUUUACCGCUUUCGAAGCAUAUACGCGGAAGACAAAAUUCGAAGUUGAAGGAAAAAAUAAAGAAACGAUGAAUCGGCCUGUGUAUUCGCAGAAAAUCUUCUCAAAAGACGAGAAACUCGGCGAAAUCAACCAUGAACAUUCGCCAUGGGUGAUUACGGAAAAAACAGUUGAAGUUUCGCAUCUCAAAGGAAUUGAUACGAUAGAAGUUCUACAUGUUUGCAUUAAAGCCGAGAAGAAAAUGUCGACGGUUCGAAUGGCGCUGACUCUCCCAGUAACAUUGGCUACUUAUGUGAUGCUUGCAUCGCCUUUGUUUGGCGAUCUUCGAAUUCAGUUAUUCGUCAAAUUGUUCACACUUCAUGUGCAAACGAUCUGCUUCUUAUAUCUAUGCUCGAUCACACCUUCAAAUGGAUUUCUUGGAGUUCGACCGCGAAUUUAUCAGUUUUAUGAAAUUGUCUUCUGCAUCAGCUUUUUGAGUAUCAUGGUAACAUUGGUGGUGAUGGCGUUGAGUCGAGUUAAACGAAAUGUGCCACCAUCGCAUCGCAUAUUUUUAGUCUCGAAAUUGAUCAACCGAGUUAUCUGCUGCAUUGAACCGGAACGAUCGGAUGCUUAUCAUCGUUACGUCGAGGAAUCGAUGGAAAACAAUCCGAACCAACGUGUUGAUUACACCCAAGAUUGGCGUCAUAUUUACUUGGCUUUCAACAAUAUGAUGUCGGCUUUGAUGUUCACAAUUUUCGUGAUUAUCACAUUCUUCGAGUUCAUCUAA